UGUUAUCAUGUUGAUGAUUAUCUAGACUAUCUGGUGUUGAUAUGAUUUCUGAAGUACCAUGUAUAGAAUUUUUAUCGGUCUCGAGGAAGGACUCAGAUUUAUUUUCUUAGAACGAGCUCGUUUCUGAAAUCAGCUGUUGAGGGUGCUAUCUGUUUUGGCCAAAAAUUGUUUAUGGGUGAGGUGGAAUAGUUUAAGUUGUACGAAAAGUACUUUCUUAAUACUGAUUGAAGAGACAGAAUUGACUUUUCCCAAGCUUCACUGUGAAGUUCCUAUUGUGAUUGACCCCUUUUCACUGGUAAAGCUUGUGAAAGAAGUGAAGAUUUGUCAGUAACAUAUAAGUGUUUCUAUAUUUAAUUAAGCUGCAUUUGUUAAACAAAGUGUGCUCCUCAAAGAAUGUUCCUAGGGUAACUUCAUUUAGUCUUGAUGCAUUAAUUUGAAACUUGGGAAAGUUUUAUCACGUCUUUUUUGCUGGAUUCUGGAUAGUUAUCACUUUAUCCCUGAAGUUAUUUCCUUGAGAAGGGAAUGUAAAUAUUUUGCAAGAAGGUCUGUUGUUUCAUUCUUGAACUGUGAUUUGGGAACACUUAAGAUGGCUUGGGUACAUGAGCAAUUACCAGGGAACAUUCUUGAAGCUUAUAAUAUUUCUGUGCGUGAAAAAUGUGAAAGCUACUUACUUUUUUCUGGUGAAACUUCCCUUGGAGAUGGAUUUCGAACCUUCUUGUAUUUUCUUGGUCUCGCAUAUUGUUUUAUUGGAUUAUCAGCUAUAACUGCCCGUUUUUUCCAGUCUAUGGAGAAUGUUGUUAAGCACACACGGAAAGUGGUGGAGAUAGAUCCCAGAUCAAAUACAGAGAUUAUUAGACAUGAGAGGGUGUGGAACUACACAAUUGCAGACAUCACUCUAUUAGCCUUUGGCACUAGCUUCCCUCAGAUCUCUCUAGCUAUAAUAGAUUCUAUACAAAACCUUGGGAGCCGGUAUGCUGGAGGUUUGGGUCCUGGAACACUUGUUGGUUCUGCUGCAUUCGAUCUAUUUCCCAUCCAUGCUGUUUGUGUUGUAGUUCCAAAAGCUGGGGAAUUAAAAAAGAUCUCUGAUGUAGGAGUUUGGCUUGUAGAGCUCUUUUGGUCCUUUUGGGCUUAUGUCUGGUUAUACAUAAUCUUGGAGGUAUGGACCCCAAAUGUGAUUACAAUUUGGGAGGCGUUGUUGACAGUGCUGCAAUUUGGAUUACUACUGAUACAUGCUUAUGCUCAAGACAAGCAGUGGCCCUACUUAUCUCUUCCUUUGCCAAGAACUGAGAGGCCAGAGGACUGGGUUCCUGAUGAGGCUGCUUCACGCAAACAAGACAAAAUUGCUGGUGAUGAGUGCUCUGAGUUAUUUCAAGUUGGUGAUACUGAAAAUGGGAACAUUGUUGAUAUUUUCUCCAUCCAUUCAGGAGAUGGGUCAGGUCCAGUGUAUCACAGUAUCUCUGGCAGUGAAGUUGCUGAACCCUCCAAUGAACAUUUUCAGAAAAACAUUAUUUUAGAAGAUUCUCAUUUGCUAUCACUCUGGAAGCAGCAAUUUGUGGAUGCUUUUACGUUGGAAAGCUCAGAAUCAAGAAAAUUGGACAACAUCUAUCUAUGGGUAGCUAGAAUUUUCUGGCAGUUGCUGCUUUUGCCUUGGAGAUUUCUGUUUGCUUUUGUGCCUCCUCCUCAUAUUGCUCAUGGAUGGUUUGCCUUCAUUUGCUCUCUAAUUUUCAUCAGUGGGAUAGCCUACAUUGUAACCAAGCUUACAGAUCUAAUAAGCUGUACCUCAGGAAUAAAUUCUUAUGUCAUAGCAUUCACAGCAUUAGCAGCUGGAACUUCAUGGCCAGAUCUAGUGGCUAGCAAGAUUGCUGCUGAACGCCAAACAACAGCAGAUUCUGCCAUUGCAAACAUCAUUUGCAGCAAUUCUGUGAAUAUAUAUAUGGGCAUUGGCAUUCCAUGGCUGAUUGACACAACAUACAAUUUCAUUGCCUACCGGGAGCCAUUAGGGGUUCAAAAUGCAGCAGGGCUUAGCUUCUCUCUGCUUGUUUUCUUCUGUACUUCUAUAUGCUGUAUUGGCGUUUUGGUACUCAGGCGUCUGACAUUGGGUGCCGAGUUGGGAGGGCCGAAGAUUUGGGCCCAUCUCACAUGUGUGUACUUCAUGUCACUUUGGAUUAUUUUUGUUGUGCUCUCCUCCCUCAAAGUUUAUGGCAUCAUAUGAUUGAUUAUGCUUUUUCACCCCCCCUUGGUCAUUUGUUUCCAUGUUGCCCUUUUCUUAUUGGCAUACAACCAAUUGUAUUUCCCUUCAAGUAGCGUAUGGUGGUAGGAGCUUCAUUGUAAAUUGAACUCUACAUAUUGGGCCCAUAAUUGUUAGCAUACCGAGUUUAAUAGACGGUAGAUCGACCCAUAAAAUGAGGUUUAGGAGUUUUAAGCUGGAAUGGCAAGAGGUAUAAAAUGGUUUGGGGCUUUGUCUGAAAGAGUCAAGUACACUGUGGAUGUAAGAUGGAUGAAGAUCUGAACCCUUUGGUGAUUUAUGAUUUCCAGUGAAACUGGAAAAAGAGAUGAACUUGUGCUUGUUCCUGGAAUGGGCCGUGCCAGGUGGAGUUGGAAGUCUUAAUUGUUGCUUUCUUUAUCAACUUUGGCGAGUCUGCUAUUAUUCAUAUGGCCCAUGUACUUUGGGCCUGGUUUCAAAUAAAUUAUUAGAAAUUUUGUAUUUGAAAUUCAAUGUACGUGUGAUAACAUUAAGCCCUCUUUUGCCUCUUAACACUGCUUCUGUAAAUUGAUGAUGUACGUACUACACUCAAUUCCCAUUUCUUAGGAGAGAUGAAUGGCUUUUACUA